UUCGAAGGUCUAUUCGGUAUAACCCGGAAAUAAAAUCAAAGAUGGCGACCAUGGAAGAAGGUCUUCACUUGGAGAAAGAUAUCAACAGAGCAAUCGAUCUUUUGGAUGCUCUUCAAAAAAUUUCACCACCACCAGCUAAGAUAGCAAAGACAGACGAGUCAGAGGACUUCUUUGGUUUCAUGACAACAACUGGUGAGCCUUCCUCUAGUAAAUCAACUGACAGCAGCACUGAGGUCAACAGAUAUCUAUCCCAACCCUGUCUUGCCAUGGAAAGCGACCCACUUCAAUUUUGGAAGAGCCAACAGCAAAACUCCCCAAUCCUCUCUGCUAUGGCCUGCAAGUUCCUUACCAUUCUGGCAUCUUCUGUGCCUGUUGAACGCCUCUUCAGCAUUGGUGGAAAGAUCUUUAGACCAGAGCGUUCCCGCCUUGCUGAUCAAACUUUUGAACGACUUAUGAACAUUAAGUGCAACUUGAAAGUUUCUCCUCAGACCCUUGCGGUAGUAAAGAUAAAGCUUUGCUCAGCAAAAGUAUCUAAAAGCGGCCAGAUUCCGUCGCAGAAGUUGGCAGCCCUACAGAGAGUGCUGCAGAGUGACUUCCUGAACUCCGUGAGAGAAGUUUAUGAACACGUCUACCAGACCGUGGAUAUAACAGGAAACGAAGAAGUCCGAGCUAAUGCCACAGCCAAGGCCACAGUGGCAGCUUUUGCAGCCAGUGAAGGCCACCCCCACCCCAGGGUGGUGGAACUUCCUAAGACAGAGGAGGGGUUGGGCUUUAAUGUCAUGGGUGGCAAAGAACAAAACUCCCCCAUCUACAUCUCCCGAAUUAUCCAGGAGGGGGUAGCAGAUAGACAUGGAGGGCUGAAGCGAGGGGAUCAGCUACUCUCCGUCAAUGGCGUGAGUGUUGAGGGGGAACAUCAUGAAAAAGCUGUAGAGCUCCUUAAACAGGCCAAAGGUACAGUGAAGUUAGUGGUUCGCUACAAUCCCCGGGUGUUAGAAGAGAUGGAGGCCAGGUUUGAUAAGCAGAGAGUGUCGACCAGGAGGAGGCAGUCACCAUAGCAACCUACCAAAGUUCAUUAUAAUCCUCAGUGUUAAACCAGAAAACAUGGACUAGCCCGGAUUUAGUUUACAUUUGUUUGAUGGGGACAGUGUAAGAUUACGCACAUUGGUCAGUGGUAAUUGUGGGAAGUCUGAUCACGUGACCUGAGAGGUGGCAGCAGCUGUGUAUAGUGUAUUGAUAUUUAAUUUUGUGUCAAACAAGGUUAGUGAUGCUGAAAUUAUCCAAUGUUCUCAACUGUGACAUUUUUGUGUAAAUUGUAUUCAUGUUGUAAAUCAUAUUUCUCAGUAGAUUUUAUCAUGCUCCACUUUUCAUUAUUGGUCAGUAGAAACUUCAGCAUUUUUGAGUCGCCUGUGAAGCAUAGGGACAAUUUGGAAUUGCUUUGUUUUUAAAUGAAAGCCAAUUUUUAGUAUAUUUACAUUUAUACAGUUAACACACAUAUAUGAAAGGCUGUAUACUGGUUGUAUUAUAUUGAAAAGAAAUAAACGAUAUUUAGUAAAGGUA